AUGAUCCCAACCCGGAGCUUGGCCGCACAGGGCUUUUUCAAGCGCAGCGCCGAAGAAUUCGGGCGCCUAUCAAAAAUCGCCUGGAACACCGAAGCUCUCCACACCCCCACCAAGCCAUAUGUCCUCCUGAACUUCGAAGAUGAGUCCGCAGUCGAAGGCUGCAAGACCAUGGCCGACCGUGCCGUUGGUGGUUUCAGCACUGCCAGCCUCGACUUCGAACCCUCCGAGCCCGCAUCGAACAGCCCUGCACAUGCGCGCUUCCACGGCAGCAUCUCCACCAAGCUGCCGGCAAACUGGCGCGUUGAAAGAACAGGUAUUUCCUCCGCCCUGCUGAAGCUGGGACUGGACCGCGGCUUUUGGCUCUUCGGCCGUCUCUUCUGGGACGUUGAUCCCUACGCCUACCUCGCUCUACGCAUUAAGUCCGACGGCCGCCGGUACACCGUGAACGUCCAGACCGAAUCCAUCGUUGAGACCGAUAUUCACCAGCACAGACUAUACACUCGGCACCACCGUGUCCAUGGCCAAACGCCCAUGCAACAAGCUAUGCGCUCCAAAUCCUCCGGAGAGACCGAAGCCGAAGAAGCUUUGUACCCACAGGGCAUACCUGAUGCCCUUUCCGACUUCCCACCAGAGUCUACCAUCCUCUCCUCUUCCUCUAAUGCUACUACCGCCGGUACGACGGGGUGGGAGACUGUGCUUCUGCCAUUCAAUUCGUUCGUUCGAACGAACCACGGAUAUGUGAUGGAGCCACAGUCUUGUCUGCUUCGCUCGCGGAUCAAGAGUAUCGGCAUUGGUCUUACGGACCGCAUCGAGGGUCCCUUCGACCUGCGCAUUCACAAGAUCUGGGCUACCAAUGGAAUGGGUGAGACCGAUAUCGAGGAGGAGCGUCAAAUCUGCGGUCCGGAUGCUUUGCCCCUUGACGAUGGUGUUCGGUCUGCCUGGACAGAGUCUAAAAAUUUAAAGGAGGAGAGCAGCGAGAAGAGCUCUGGGACGAAAAGAAAGGGUCUAAAGGGGCUGAAGUCAGAGUGGGAUGAAUAA